GGGAAGCGAGGUAUACGAACUAAACGUAGAACCGCGGGUCUCGGAUCCUCCGAGCUGGGCUUAGAAACGCGGGUGGGGUGAAGGGGGGAAGCGGACGGACCGGUUCUGGAGUCGGCUGUGAAAGUUGUCGGCGGGAGAAGAGGGAAGAGGAAUGGGUUGCGCCCACAGCAAGGAAAAGAAAGACAAGAAGGCUGGAAGGACACAGAAAGACCUCAGCAAGCUCGGGGAUGGGAGAAUCGGUAAACCGCCCACAGAGGACCCGGGCGUGUGUCUGCAGAAGCAGCUGGAGAGGUUCGAGUGGCAGCUGAGGAUUCUGAGGGACGUGCUCUCGGCCAAUGGGGGCCAGCGAAGGGUGGAGCUACUGAAAGAGCAUGCCCAUGAGGAACUGUGCGCCCUGGUCCGGAGCAUUACUGAUGAGGUUAGGACUGAGACCGCCGCUGAGCUGAACGCCAUCCACCAGCAGACGAGUGAACUCGCAGCAGAGGAAGAGAAGAGACGCUUACAAGAGCUGCAGAGUGUUCACGAGCAGGAAAAGACCUUUCUGACGGAGGAAUUCAAGGCAGCCCACGAUGUGUUGAAGGGGAAGUUUGACGAGUUGAACGCUGAGCUGCACGAUUACAAUGAACUGAAGAGGAGAGUCGAAGAAUCUACGUUUAAGAAAGACCUGCAAAGAAAUAUUCAGACCCAUGGUAGCCCAGGUGCAUUCUGGGAGUCUGAACAGGAGUCCCUGCUGUUCGUCAUCGAGAUGAAGACUGAGCGUGUGCAGGAGCAGGCCAGGAAGCUGCAGCAGAUGCAGACUCUGGGGGAGAAGAAUUUGGUGUUGGAGGAUCAGAUGGUCCAGAUGCUGCAGCAGAAUGAAGACCUGAGUGUCCGGAUAGACAGCUACCAGUCUGUCAUCCAAGAACUGUCCAAGGAGCUGCAUGAGCUGAAGGGGGCGCUGGGCAGACAGACAGCCAUGACCCAGAGGCUCUCUCAGGAAAAAGAGCAGCUGGUGUUUAAGCUGAGACACAGGGACUCCCACCCCACCAUCCAGCUGUCCAACAUGGUGCCAGAGAUGACGCCACAUUGACACCUCCGUCUGUUAGCGUCCAGAAACCACAGAGCCUCCGAAGGACUGCAGAGACCUCCUACAGUGGACACGCUGACUUUAAACUGGAUCCCGUGGGGCCUAAUGUACACAGAAAACAAUUUAAGUACUUCCUGUUUCCUGUUCACCAUGUCUGUAGAUCAUGGUGGCCCGGGCCGUACAUCUACCAUUGAAAACAUACUGGAUGAUCAGAGCCACUUGUCCUUCCACAAGCCCACUGUCUUCUGUUAAAAACCAUGUGGACCUCAAGAUGGAUCCCGUUUGAUUCUGUGUAGAUAGAAAACAGUUAAGUCCUGGUGGCUCUGCCAUCCACCUACAAACCAGGGCAGUGAAGAAAUUGCCUCACACACUAUCCAGACUAUGCAUCAUAGUUCAGAAAUGACCAGAAAAGGUUUUCGCACCGGGAAGAAUUUCAACAGACUUGCUGUCCUUCACCAGCGUUUUAGUGAUUUUACGUGUAGUUACACUUCUAGUGAUGUCUGAGAGAAAGCCGCUGAACCUUGUACGCUUGUGGUUGGAGAUUAAGUGCCUUGCUCAAGUGCACUGUGGCAGUAUUUAAUGAACUGAGCUACAAAGCUUUGCUGAACUCCAGCAGGGGGAGUGUUAUUCAUUAAUUGGUAUUCGUUAAUUUAUCCCUAUUUGGCUGUCCCAAAGUCUGUCUACCUGCAGCACAAAAUGACGUUUAGAUGAGCUGGUUUUUAGUGCCUAGACACCUGACGCCUGCCCACAGUGAAGGCUCACCCGGUGUCUACUUCGAGCCAAGGGGAGAAACACCUUCAGAAGGACCCAUAAAGAGUCAGCUAACCACCCUCCAUGUGACGAGGUUCAUGAACCUUUCAUAGGCAGGUUACGAUGAAGUGUUCUUGGGUUCUAACCCACCCCUACAGGUCUGAAGCCAUUUUUAGAAAGUGGGUGUUUGGUGGGUUCCUUCCUGUUUUAAUUAAUUAAUUUAAUUAAUUCUCCAGUUUUUUUUCUAGAGAAAAACUCCCUCCUGUAUCGAAGGUCUGAUGUGGUGUAAGGGUUCCACAAAGACCUUUUCCUUUUAAAAGUUCUUGUGAUCAGACUGCUUUGACUCUCUGCCGGUCAGCAUGUGGCCACAUACACACGUUCAGAAGGCCUUGACAAGUAAAUACCUGUGGACUCUUCUUAUGCUGGACUCUACCAGCACACGCAAACAUACAAAACUGUGACAACCUAGUCCUGCGUUGACCUGAUGCCAAAUGAUUCGUGUGUUCUUGAGUUAAGUUUAAAUUUCCUUUGUUUUAAUCCAGUUGUGUACCAGUUGUCUACCAGUGCCUUUCAUAAUGUUGUUCCGGCUUCAAACCUCGUCAUGCUGUUGGCGUGCUGAGCUGACCUGCCAUGUCGUUCUGCAGCCGUUGGACUGUGAAACCUGUGGGAUGUGUAGCGUUAACACUCCAGCUGAACAUCAGCCGUGUGAAAUAAGUCCACAUCAUCAGCUCUCUGGGUUCAGGAAAAACGGCCCUGUUCUCCAGCAGAUGACCACCAGUCUUUGAGACCAGGCGAAGGGUUUUGAGCAAGUUUCUUAGACUCACGGUCCCAACAUCUCCACACAUUCUUCCCUCAUAUGGGACCAUGUUGACUUUUACCACCGUGAUAAACAGGACAGCAGCACAUUUUCUUUGUUAUGUAACGUGACAAAUGGUUCAACCGAAAUAAUCAAUCACUGUGUACACAUAAGAUGAACAACUACACAACUGUCAGCUCGGAUUGUAUUUUGUUCUUCUAGAAGAUGUGAAAGUUUCCAGUUUUGCCAGUCUAGUUUUUCCAGAACAGGACAGUGGAUCUGUUUUUGUGACAUUCAAGUAACCAAAAAAAACCCUCGCUGUCCGUGUUUAGAUUCUGCUGCACUUGCACUUUGACCAGUAUUCCACUAGUUUCAUGAAUAAGAGACGUAGUAAUUACUUGUGGAGUAGUUUGGAAAGUCUUGACAUGUAGACAAGUUUGACUUCUCCUGCUUGAAUGACUGCUCAGAAAUGUCUUCAGCCUUUGCUACAUGCAAAUGUUUUUUUUUUAUUGCAAUUAAAAGUUAUGGUUUCAACUUAUUUUGAUUUUCAA